GUGACUUUGGGAUUGUUUCCUUAACUGUCAUCUAUACAAGAUACUACCGGGUUGUGGAGGACUUGUGUUGCUGUGGAGAUAAAGCUCUGCGAAUUUCUUUUUUUUUUUAAUUUGAAGAGAAAUUGAAGUGAGUAGAAACAAAACGCUCUACUUUUCUGGCGUGGGACAAACAGCCCAUCCAUUACUGAGAUCGUGAACCCAGAUUACUUGACUGGCUAUGUCUUCCCAUCAGCAAGUGGUGAUUAUUUUUGCAGUGGUACUCUUUGUGGCUGUAGUUAUACCCAGGUUGUUUGGAGGAGGAGGAUCUGGUGGAGUCCGUGAUACUUAUCGACAGCCAAGAAGCCCAGGUGGCCCUGAAAGAGGUCACCCUCUGAACCUGAACUCUGGAAAUAAUAAAGGCAAAGUAGUUAAAAAUGUACAUCAAGCGAAAGUGGCAGUGGAGCAGGAAAUAAGGAAUGAGAGGGCAAAAAAUAGUAAAGGAUUAGCUUUCACGCUUAUGCCACUGUAUGCUAUAGGAGUUGCCGUUUUUGCAGCAUAUAAGUUUGUAAAGAUAAAAUUCCAAAAUGAUAAACGAAUUGAACAAGAGAAAAGUGCAAAAGAAGCAAAAGAGAAGCAAGUAACAGACGGAGAAGAUGCUGAAUUCUUUAUUAACUCAGUUGGAUCCAUUAACUAAAUGUGUUAAUACUUUAGCCAGUGACCAGAGAAGUGAGAUUAUGACUCAACUUCAGUCGAUCAAGCAUCUUAUGAAAGAGAGCGGUAUUGAUACUCCUCCAGGAGCAACCCAAGGAAAAAAUGUGUCUUGUGGAAAGAAACUUGACAGUCUAAUUCAGUCCCUUGCAGAAGAGCCAGAAGAAACAACAGAAAAUGCUGCACAUACUGAUGAUGAGUACUCAGGGGGCGAUGACCAUUUAGAAAGUUCCUGUGCACAGGGGAAUGAAAUACAUGAAUAUGGUGAUGAGUACACUGAGGGUGAACCAUUGCUCAUUAAUGCUACAGACACCAUGAAAGGAAAAGCUGUAGUAGAAGUAAGCACUGAUCACUUAGACAACUGGGAACAAGCAGCAUUAAGAAGGCGACACAAAUAUGAUUGACUUUGAUGCUUGAAUGCCAGUGCUCUUUACAUUCUGAUCAUUCAUUGUUAAAUGUUGCAUGCAUAUUUAUAAUGUCUGGCUGUAUAUAAAUGAAUUAUGAUAAAUAUUUAUUGGCUGUAGUUAUGGCAGUAAUAUUUACAGAAAUGUGUUCACAUAUUCACUAUAGAUAUAUAUAGAUUUUAUUUAUAUAUCAAAUUUAUUUUGUAUACAGAAUUUGAAUUUUUGGUAAACAUUUCACUUUGUCAGGUAAAACACAGCAUUAGCAUGUAGUGUAUGUACAAAAGAUUUUAAAAUAUAUUUUGCAUUUUAU